GCAACCCUGUCACCUACUUUGCAAAUAUGGCGUAGAGUUGUACAAAAUGCAGUGGGAGAUAUUUGAUAAACUUGUCAAUUCUGAAUUUUAAUAAAAAGACAUGUAUCUAGGAUAAGACUAUUGCAAUCGACUAUAGUGUGCUAGACGAGUAUUAAGAGUGAAAUGUGAAUUUUACGCAAUGUAGAGCGUUUUUCGAAGACUGCGACAAGGGCACAAGAUUUGAUUAACUAAAAGCAAGCAGGUUGUGUAAUAUUUUAACGUCCUUUCCAAAAUAUAAGCAGACAACAAAAAUGGGCAAACAAAAUAGUAAAUUAAAGCCAGAAGUCCUGGAGGACUUGAAGCAGAAUACUGAGUUUUCAGACGCGGAGAUACAAGAAUGGUACAAAGGUUUUCUAAAGGAUUGCCCCAGUGGACAUUUGUCUGUAGAAGAAUUUAAGAAAAUAUAUGGGAACUUUUUCCCGUAUGGCGACGCUAGUAAGUUUGCGGAACACGUGUUCCGGACUUUCGACGCGAACGGCGACGGCACGAUAGACUUUCGGGAGUUCUUGUGCGCGCUGAGCGUGACGUCACGCGGCAAGCUCGAGCAGAAGCUCAAGUGGGCCUUCUCGAUGUACGACCUGGACGGCAACGGGUACAUCUCGAGGCAGGAGAUGCUCGAAAUUGUCACUGCCAUAUACAAAAUGGUGGGGUCUGUAAUGAAGAUGCCCGAGGAUGAGUCGACGCCCGAGAAGCGGACCGACAAAAUAUUUCGACAAAUGGACAGAAACAAAGACGGAAAACUCUCUCUAGAAGAGUUCAUAGAGGGCGCCAAGAGCGACCCGUCUAUCGUACGACUGUUGCAAUGCGACCCCCAGUCUCAGUGAACGUUAGUACUCAAGUACCACUCAGUUUAGCCACACUUAUAUAAAACUGUUGUAUAAUAUCACCCUUAUUACAAUGCUUGUAAGAGCUAGUGCGCAAAGUAACGCGUCGUAACACAUUCGAUCAGUUUGUUGUCCUGUUGCUUGGCUGUUUGCUACAUUUCCCACAAUUAUUACUCACUUACAUGUAAUAAGGUUAUAAGGGUUUGUAAAAGUUUAAAUAGUUUAUGCUCUGUGCUUCUUGUUCACAAAUACUUGCAAUAUAUGGUUACGUUAGUUCUAUGCUAUAGAGGCGAGAUGGGAAGGUAUAAGAAACGCAGUUCCGACUGCUCGACUACACCAAGAAAUGGUUGUGACGAGAUUCUACAGAUAGUAUGGUUACACAAAUCUAAUGUUCAUAUUUACAGUAAGCGAACAGUAGAAACGUAGUACAAACAUUAGUAUAAAAUAGUUGAAAUAAAUUAUAUUAUUUAUACAGCAUCACUUAAAGAGGAAUAGAUGCUAUUUACAAGAUACGAAAUAACGGAAACGCAGCAAUAAUUCCAAAGAUAGAGUAUUUACGGUUAGAUAGGUCUAUGGAGAAAACAUGAAUAUUUUGAUAAUAAUAUGAAGUUAGACUAACGGAAUCUUGUCUUCUAUAUAUCUGUAAGUUCUUUAACGAAACGAAAACACCAAAAGACAAAUACAUUUAUAAAAGACAGACAGACAAAGUUAUUCGUUGACCUAGAUGGAAUUCGACUUGUGUAAAAACUUCCCGAGUAACAACCAAACAGCAGGACAAAAUGUGCGACUGUAAUGUGUAUAGUGUUCAAAGAUUUUUCCCAUUAAUACUAGUUAGGUUAAAUACACAUUCUGUGCCCACAAACGUUUUGCGGCUUGUCGAAUAAGCGGGCUCGCGAGUGCUCGCUAGUGCUCAUGCUUAAAGACAUUCAUGUUAUGCCGAUACAUUCUAUUUACAAUAUAUCUGCAGUCGUCAAAUCGCAUAUUUAUGCCCCUUGAACAAUUGUGCAUCUCUUAACUUCGUAUCCCAGUAUCAUUGAUUGCACAAUUCUACAUAUAAUCGAUAUACUUAAGCAUAUAUCGAUUUGUUAAUAUUGCAUGUGCAUAACUCACUUGCCCGCUUAUAUCGCAUCUAAAUUUUUAUCCAAUUAGGUAUCUCCCUAUAUUAUCGAAAUAAUAAUUUAUUAUAUCUACAAAUAUUGAAUGUUCCAGCAAUCAAUACAUUGGUGUAAUAUGAGAUUUUCGGAAUUUCUAGAUCUUAAUGAUUCAAUUUAACUUUUAAUGCAAUCAUUUACCGUAUAUUUAAAAUUAUAAGUGUGUCUUGCUAUACAUCUGAUAAACGAUAUUCUAAAGUCUUAUUUGACAGUUAAAUUAACCGUAACUGGUGAAAUAUGCUGUAGAUUACUGAUAUAUAUUUGUUUAAAUUAAUUUAACGAUGUUAAUGCCUUGCCUUGAGAACUGUGAGCGUAGCUGCGUGUGACCUGCUGAAAUAAUAAUAUAUGUAAUAUUGUUACUUACUAGGCAGACUAUUAACGAACAUGACAAUUAGACGAUUCUAGUGUAUUUGCUUCGUGCAGAUAUUAUGAGAUUAUUCGAUAGGUCUAGUGCAGAUCACACGUGGCUACAUAACAUUCGGGCACUAGGCAGUACAUACGGCUGUCUUCUCACUGCUAGGGACAACAACACCAUUGAACGAACUCGAUGGAUUCAUCGGUAAAGUCGACUGACGAUAUGAGAACACAUACUGAGUUCACGAUACCUACAUUACAACGCAAUAACGACACAAAUCACAUUAGUUAUAUGUUGAUCUAAGUGUGUGUUCUCAUGUUCGCACCAUAUGCCUUAAUAUUCUAAAUACAUCCCGAAACAUAGGCAAACUCUAGCAAUGAGAAGACACCGUCUUAUAGCACAAUUUAGGAAGACAUGUACGCAACAAACGACACAUACAAAUACGAUAAUAUACAGUUAAUAUUAAUUUAUAUUAUAAUGAAUAUUCAUGCUGAUUUAUUCGCGUAGCUGAUAUUAUUAAGGUUUAGUUUUAAUGAAUGAUGAAAAUUUUAUGAAUUCAUUAUAAUUGUCCCGAGUCAGCCUAAGUAUUAUUAUUCAAUUAUUACGUUGCAAAAUGAUUUGUAAGGGUUUUUUAAUAUGAUUAGUAUGAUAUGAAAUGUAACAAUUGACAGUAGUUAGAUCGAGUGUUUCACACUGGACUCGAUUCGACCUUCAACCGGCUUUAGGGCGGCCGAAGAGGGACCACCACGUUACACUGGUCGGAGUCACACGCUACCACAACAUGUUUACAUUAUAAUAUAGUAUUUGUGUAUUCUAUACAAAAGGUCUAUGAAGGUAUUGUGGCAAGACUGCUAUUAAUUGUUAUGAUAUAUAAUAGAUAUAUUGAGUAGAAGCCCCUCGUUACCCGUGGUCUUUCUGCGAAGCCCUGAACCCAUCCUGAGGUCGCGAGACGACGGCCGCUGCGAACCCGCCUUUAUGUUAAAUGUUGUAUAAAUGUCGUAGUUUACGUGAUUUUUAGUAUAGACUUUUCUAAAGCAAUAAAACAGACUGAAUUUAUUAAUGAAUAUUUAGUCCGCGCAACUUUAGUCAUUCGUUUGACGCUUGAAGCAAACCAUUGUGAUAACAUGUGACGCUCUCGUUCAGUUCGACGCGUGUCUUUACUUACUGAAUAUGAUUGUGUAACCCCGUCUUCCAGACAGACUUCUUGCUACUUAGUCGUGUGUGAACUCGCAGCGGCCGCCACCGUCAGUCUGAAAGAUGCCCAGCAUUCAAACAAUAUUGGCAUACAACCAAUUGGUAGUAAUCGAAUCUUAUAUUAUAAUAGGUUACAUAUAUAAAAUACAUUUUAGUAUAUUUAUUUAUUCAAAAUAUUUAUCACAAUACAGUGUUUAUAUACAGUUGAAGAAUAUCGAAUAGAUUAGCGCUUGUUCUCACCCCCGUACCACGUUAGUUGACAUGAUCUUAUGGAUUAUACACAAUUUGUUAUAAUGUCAUUCAUUAUAUGUAGUUUUUAUAACACAUAAACAUACGUUCGAAUAACCAAUGAGUAUUAACGACGCCCAUAAUCUCAAUACGAAUAUCAAAUUAAUGAAUAUAUCUUCAGUAAGUGUAUCAUUAUGUUUGUUAUAACAACUACAUACCUAGGUAUAGUAAGUUAGUUACACAAUACACAAUGUAUAGUAUUUCUUUUAUAAUUUUAUAAUAUGUUUUUGCAGUGUAUCGCCAUUUGACUAACGCACUCUUGUGGCUGUAUUAUUUGUUUUCUCUAAACUAAUUGACUAACAUUAAUGUUCUAAGCACGCUUUUUUAUUUAUUUACUAGUAGCUUUACAUAGAUAUGUAAUGGACAAAUUCUCGUUUUAUAUAACGAACAUGAUUUGAGCGACAUUUUAUUUUGCUUGUAGCUAGCUAGUUCAUUGAACGGAAUAUCGAAUCAAAUGCACAAUGAUUUUGUUUUCGCACAACACUACGAUGUAAUAUUGUUUAUUAACAAUGUGUAUUUAUUGUGGAAUUGAUGGUCUAUUGGCUGAGUAUUCAAGUUGUCGUACCUUCACGUAAUCUCACCCGCCAGUGCUUAUGACUAUAUAUUUAUAUACCGCAUACUAUAUAUCGUUGAGCAGUUGCAGACCGACAGUUGCACCAAAACGUCUUCUUAUAUAAUAUAUUCAAUAGCGUCUCAAACUUUACAAAUACAUAUAUUAUGAUGUCGUGAAAAUUUUAUAUUCUCAGUAAUUUUACAUAUCUGUUAUAUAAAAUCGAUGUUCUAUUAAGUGUCGUAGUAUAAAAUUCCGUAAAAUAUAAAUAUCUAACCUCAGGACAAAUAUAAAAAUGAAAAGAAAAUAAUAUUUUUAAUAUAUCAUUUUUUGAUUGUGUACAGAUUAUUAGGUGUUCGGUCGAAUUUUAUAACUGUGUCAUUUUUGGUAAUAAGAUAAUUAAAUUCUAAACAUGAACGGUAUGUACAUCAUCCUAAAUGAAGCCUUUUAUUCUAAGUGUUUAAAGUGGAAUUAACGUUGUAUUUUGAAUUAGAAUUAGCAAGUAGAUGUUUAUAAGAGUUAUUUAUAAUAUUCCUUACUUCUCUAUGCAGACACCAAACGUUUCUAUGCAUUUUUCUCAGUGUUUCUAUUCUAUAUAUUUCCUGACUGUGCAGUUGAUUCUAUAAUCAGUUUCAUGUAUUCAGUCUGACAUUGCUUUAAUAUAGCAGUGAGGUGAUUUGCUGCACAUAGUUGCGAACUUAGCACAAGCUCCCAUAUUCACCAAAACGGGAUGCUGUAAGUUAACAAAAGAUCACAAUGACGUACGGAGUGGCAACAACGCACGCUCCUACACUAGACGAAGCGGCAACGUCGCAUGCUGACAUCACGAACGAUCUUAUAAUGUCAAGUGAAAGAUAUUAGUCUGUAAAACUCGAGUCUCAAUACGCGUAUCACAAAGCAUUAUGUGAGCGAAUCACCUGCGAACGUCACCUUAGAUAGAUAGGUUAUAUAUACCCAAUAUUAGAUAGGGUUCUGUUCAAACGCUAUAUGCUCCGCGACUAGUCAUUAUAGCUGAUUUUUCUGAAUUCCACAGACGAUUAUUUUACUGUCUUCCAGUAUUUUAAGCAGUAGACGACUGACUGCGGGUAGAUGUACUUGUAUUAAAUCGUUUAGUUCAGGUUUUAUUCCUGAUAGUUGAAGAACAGACGGUUGGGCACCGCGCUCUCUAGUUUAUUGCUAGCAUUAAAUGGGUGCUAAUUUAUACAUACAUACGAUCUACAGCUUUGAAACAAUUUUUUUUAGUUUACUUUAGCGGCGCUAUAGCGGGGUUAUGUAUAAUAAAGUUACAAUUUCUUCCUAAUAUCUAAUUAGAUACGUUUACGCUCUUCCUCGAAUAUGCUUAUCGCCUUUGAGUUGUCCACUCUAUAUGUAAUAUCACAUGUAAUCUAUGGUGCAUAAAAUGUCCUCUGAGAUUAAAGGAUUGUUAUGAUAUGUGUGGCGAUAGUUUAGUUGUGAGAUAAACAUUACCGGUAUUAUUCGCUGUUCAAGAUGCGUCAGUGUUUCCCGACUCUUUCCGAUAGCUUCCGCACUCCCUUCCUCGUCUAUGUUUUACUCUCGUCCACCUAAACUACGUGUUACACCAAGACAGUUAACUAAUAAACAAGUAUAAAGUCAGAGUGAUGACAACAUCGGUACACUCAAUACUUACAAUGUUUCCCACUGUUUCCAAUCUUGCACUAAACUAAAGCUACGAUUAUAAAUAUUUUACUUUUUUGUAAGUAUCAAUAACUAAUACCUACUGUGUUUAGCAUAUAUGAAUGAAGUUAUUAUUUAAUACGUAAUAAUGUAUUGUAACUUAGAGAUUAUAACUAUUAUGUAUAUCCAGGGUGCUAUUGACUCGAGAUGAGCGCUGGGCCGGCAAUCGAUGUAACACAAUCCUUCACUUGUGAAUUGAAGAUAAAAUUCACCAUCUAAAAUGCUUAUAAAUUAAAUAAGCAUAGCUCGAUUGCCCCAUUCGGAUGGUGGAUUGUAAGAACCUGAGAGAGCACCAAAAAUAUUAAUGCUAUCAAAAUCCCACCGUGGGAGUGAGUGAGACAAAUCUCCUUUUCGCAACAAAACUAUAUGAGCAUUAAUAAUUUUGGUGCUGAUUUCAAUCUCAGUACAGCAGUCGAUAAGCCGAGCUCAGCCCGUGACACCCAGGCACGGGAUGUUUCGUGCAAACCACUCGAUUUGCUUCAAGGACCAAAACGUACAAGAGGCGUAGUACCUAAGAAACGGACGGUACCUUGACAGUCGGCGUAUGUCCGGCAAAUAAUUCGUAGGUGUAUAAUCACAUAAAUUAUUGACUACCUAUAAUUGUUGUGCAUUACAUAUCAAAUUGCUUGAAACAACAUGUUCUCGGUGUUGGGUAUUUCACUUUGACACAUGUCGGCUUUCCAAUUGUGAUCAGCAUUUGAAUUUAACACAUAGAACAUAAUAGCACCCUGCUCUAAGAUUGUACCGUCUCGUUCGACAGACAGUUGAACGUAACGUCAAACUUUAUGAAUUCGGCUCUAAUGCAAACAUGCUUGUAAACUUAAACAAAAACAUUUUGUCUUGGCAAUUCAUUGUUCUGUGUAGUCAAUUUGUGAUUCCUACCAUCAUUUUCUUUAAAAUUGUCCUUCUAGUUCUGAUACUCUGUUUUAGACUAAAAUUAUUAUAUCUAUUUAUUAAAUCUUUCUCCUCUCAAA